GGUUGUGGAAGAAGCUGCGGAAGGGAGAGGCUGGAGCUGCCGGUAGCCUUGGAACCGAGCGGGAGGGAGCGAUCAAUUGCGAGCGCCGAGGGACUAGGCGAGGGGGUGGGGCUCUGCUUCAUUUUUGAUGGGUGUUGCUCAGUUACCCCUAAAGUAAGGAAGGUUUUGGGGACAAGGCGAGAAAUAGAGGUAGCACAGAAAGGGGCAGUGCGAGGCUCUUGGGUGGGGUGAGCGCAGGAACCGGCGGGCGUCCUGUCUGCCUGGGAAAGGGGGAAACGUACGUGUGUGUGUGUCUGUGUGUGUGUGUUGGGGGGGGGGCUUGGAUAGGAAAGAGGGCGACCUCUCUCAGCUUGAAUCUAAGAGACUUCUCGAGUGGUUGGGAAGGAGAAUGCGAUUUUUGCUUUUCCUGUCAUACGUACGGUUUUUUGCUAGCUGGGGGUUUAAAAUUAGCUGUCGGGGCGAGUUUCCUUGAAAUUUCCUCCCGUUCGCAUGCCUGCGGCUAGCCUGCUUAUGGUGGUGCAGCCUAGAGAGAGGGGGGUGGGGGGGAGAGUUUGCGGCUGAUGUAGGAUCGUCGUCGGGUUUCUCCUUUCUCCUUCCCCUUCAGCGCGGAAAGAGGAGGAAGAAAGAGUCAAUCGGAGCCCUAGGCGAAAAACCCCAAGAACGUCCAUGGCCUCUCGAUCAGUCCGUUUUUGGACGAGGUGGAUAAUGAAAUCUUUGUUGCCACAGCUCUGACUACUUUUGAAUUUUAUUUGGGAACUAGCCAGGGUAUAUUCUUCCUGAAGACGUUGGGCAUUUCACGGAAUUACCGCAAAGAAGAGACUUUUCUCAUCUAACCUUUUGUAAUUCAGAUAUUUUAUUAAAACAUGGAAAAUGAGAUAUUCACACCUCUUUUGGAGGUCUUCGUAUCGAGCCCACUUGUUACCUGGGUUAAGACAUUUGGAUCCUUAGCUGGACAAAAUGCAACCAACCUGGAAGAAUAUGUUGCACUUCUAGAUGGAGUUUUCUUAAAUGAAGUUAUGCUGCAAAUAAAUCCUAAAGCAGCUAGUCAAAGAAUAAAUAAGAAGGUCAACAAUGAUGCAUCACUUCGAAUUCAAAAUUUGUCUAUUUUAAUAAGACAAAUUAAAUCAUAUUAUCAGGAGACAUUGCAGCAAUUGAUCAUGAUGCCUUUGCCAAAUGUUUUAAUAAUUGGAAAAAAUCCCUUUUCAGAACAAGGCACUGAAGAAGUAAAAAAACUCCUUCUACUUCUCCUUGGUUGUGCUGUUCAGUGCCAGAAGAAAGAAGAAUUCAUUGAAAGAAUACAGAGUUUAGAUUUUGAUGUCAGAGCAGCUGUUGCUGCCCAUAUACAAGAGGUAACCCAUAAUCAGGAAAAUGUGUUUGAUCUCCAGUGGAUGGAUGAUAGUGCUCUGGCACAAGAUUAUAUUGAACCUCUCCUAAAAAACAUGGCAUUACAUUUAAAACGACUUAUAGAUGAGCGAGAUGAGCAUUCUGAGACUAUCAUAGAGCUUUCUGAAGAACGAGACUCUCUUCAUUUUCUACCUCAUGCAUCAGCAGCACAAUCACCUUGUGGAUCUCCAGGAAUGAAAUGCACUGAAAGCAGACAACACUUAUCAGUGGAAUUAGCAGAUGCCAAAGCAAAGAUUAGAAGGCUUAGACAAGAGCUUGAGGAAAAGACUGAACAGUUGCUGGAUUGUAAGCAAGAAUUUGAACAGAAUGAAACUGAAUUAAAGCGACUUCAACAAGAGAAUAUGAGUUUACUUUCAGAUGCCCGAUCUGCCAGAGUGUAUCGGGAUGAACUUGAUGUUCUCAGAGAGAAGGCAAUCCGGGUUGACAAGCUUGAAAGUGAACUCAGCCGAUAUAAAGAAAGGCUACACGAUAUUGAAUUUUACAAGGCUAGAAUAGAGGAGUUAAAAGAAGAUAAUCAAGUAUUACUGGAAACAAAGACAAUGUUGGAAGAUCAGUUAGAGGGAACCCGAGCCCGUUCUGAUAAAUUGCAUGAAUUGGAAAAGGAGAAUCUGCAAUUAAAAGCUAAACUCCACGAUAUGGAGAUGGAACGUGAUAUGGAUCGGAAGAAAAUUGAGGAACUUAUGGAGGAAAAUAUGUCACUAGAAAUGGCUCAGAAGCAAAGUAUGGAUGAAUCACUACAUUUAGGCUGGGAACUUGAACAGAUAAACAGAUCAUCAGAAAUUUCCGAAGUGCCACAGAAAUCACUUGGUCAUGAAGUAAAUGAACUAACAUCAAGUAGAUUAUUAAAACUAGAAAUGGAAAACCAAACUUUAUUAAAAACAGUAGAAGAAUUACAACAUGCAAUGGGUUCUGUAGAAGGCAAUAACUCAAAACUAAUGAAAAUGGAAAGAGAAAAUCAAAGGCUAAAUAAAAAGCUGGAAGGACUGAAGAAUGAAUUUAUUGAAGAGAAACAAAGUCACCAGAGUAGUCAAAAUCUUUGCAAAGAUCUCAUGAAAGAGAAAGCACAGCUUGAAAAAACAAUUGAAACUUUGAGAGAAAAUUCAGAGAGACAGAUUAAAAUCCUGGAACAGGAAAUUGAACACUUGAAUCAAACUGUAACUUCACUUCGACAGCGUUCACAAAUCAGUGCUGAAGCAAGAGUAAAAGAUAUUGAGAAGGAAAAUAAAAUUCUCCAUGAAUCUAUCAAGGAGACAAGCAGCAAACUAAGUAAAAUAGAAUUUGAAAAAAAGCAAAUGAAAAAAGAGUUAGAACAUUAUAAAGAAAGGGAAGAAAGAGUGGAUGAGCUGGAGAAAGAAGUUCAUCAUCUUGAAAAAGAAAAUGAACUAUUACAAAAAAGAAUUACUAACUUAAAAAUUACAUGUGAAAAAAUUGAUUCUUUAGAACAAGAGAAUUCCAGUCUAGAUGUUGAAAACAGAAAGCUGAAAAAGACUUUAGACAGCCUGAAAAAUCUCAGCUUUCAAUUAGAGUCCUUAGAGAAAGAGAAUGCACAACUUGAUGAAGAAAACUUAGAACUCAGAAGAUCUGUUGAAUCUUUGAAGAGUACCAACAUCAAGAUGGCUCAAUUAGAACUAGAAAAUAAAGAACUAGAAAGUGAGAAAGGCCAGCUACAGAAGAGCCUGGAUCUUAUGAAAACAUCCUUUAAAAAGACAGAACGUUUAGAAGUGAGUUAUCAAGGCUUGGAUACAGAAAAUCAAAGGUUGCAGAAAACCCUAGAAAACAAUAACAAAAAGAUUCAACAUCUAGAAAGUGAAUUACAAGAACUGGAGUCAGAAAAUCAAACCCUGCAAAAAAAUCUUGAGGAACUCAAAAUCUCCAGUAAACGUUUAGAAAAAUUAGAAAAAGAGAAUAAACUUUUGGAGCAAGAGACAACCCAGCUAGAAAAAGAUAAGAAACAGCUAGAGAAAGAGAAUAAAAGACUCAGGCAGCAAGCAGAUAUUAUGGAUAGCACACUAGAAGAAAAUAAUGUGAAAAUAGGUCACCUGGAAAAAGAGAACAAGUCACUCUUUAAAGAAAUUGGUUUAUGUAAAGAAGCAUCUAUUCGUCUAAAAGAAGCGGAAAAGGAAAAUAAAGAGCUUGUAAAAAGAGCUACUAUUGACAAAAAAACACUUGUCACAUUACGUGAGGAUUUGGUGAAUGAAAAACUGAAGACACAGCAGAUGAAUAAUGACUUAGAAAAACUUACACAUGAACUUGAAAAGAUAGGUUUAAACAAGGAACGUCUCUUACAUGAUGAGCAGAGUACUGAUGACAGUAAGUACAAACUUUUGGAGUCAAGGUUAGAGUCCACACUGAAGAAAUCACUUGAAAUAAAAGAAGAAAAAAUUGCUGCUUUGGAAGCUCGUUUAGAAGAAUCAACAAAUCUCAAUCGACAGCUGCGCCAAGAGCUUAAAAUAGUAAAAAAGAAUUAUGAAGCCCUCAAGCAAAGACAAGAGGAGGAGAAAAUGGUACAGAGUUAUUCUUCAAAACUUGAUGAAGAAAGUCAUCCUGUCACUAAAUGGGAAAGAGAUAAUCAGGAAACUACUAGAGAACUUUUGAAGGUUAAAGAUAGAUUAAUUGAAGUUGAAAGAAAUAAUGCAACUCUGCAGGCAGAGAAGCAAGCCCUGAAAACACAGCUAAAGCAACUUGAGACACAGAAUAAUAAUUUGCAAGCUCAGAUAACAGCACUUCAGAGACAGACUGUUUCCUUACAGGAGCAAAAUACAACCUUGCAAACCCAAAAUGCAAAACUUCAGGUGGAGAAUUCAACAAUUAAUUCUCAAAGCACAUCACUUAUGAACCAGAAUGCACAGCUACUGAUUCAACAAUCAACCUUAGAAAAUGAAAAUGAAUCCAUAAUAAAGGAACGGGAAGACCUGAGAUCAUUUUAUGAUUCUCUAAUCAAAGAUCAUGAAAAAUUGGAACAACUUCAUGAGCGGCAAGCAGUUGAAUAUGAAUCUCUCAUUUCUAAGCAUGGAAACCUUAAAUCUGUACAUAAGAAUCUUGAAGUAGAACAUAAGGAUUUGGAAGACAGAUAUAGUCAAUUACUUCAGCAAAAAGUACAAUUAGAGGAAUUGGAAAAAGGCCUCAAAGUGGAGCAAGAAAAGAUGCUUCAACAAAACAAGAAACAUGAAAUGGUAGCAGUGGAAUACAAAAAACUUGGUGAAGAAAAUGACAGAUUAAAUCAUACAUAUAUACAACUUUUGAAAGAGAAUGAAGUUCUUCAGGUUGAUCACAAGAAUUUAAAAACUUUACUCAACAGUUCCAAAUUAGAGCAAACACGACUGGAGGCUGAAUUUUCUAAACUUAAAGAACAAUAUCAACAACUGGAUAUUAUUCACACAAAAUUAAAUAAUCAGUGUGAGUUGCUUAGCCAAUUAAAGGGGAACUUGGAAGAAGAAAACAGACAUCUACUGGACCAAAUACAGACUUUAAUGCUACAAAACAGAACACUUUUGGAACAGAAUAUGGAAAGCAAAGAUCUCUUCCAUGUUGAGCAAAGGCAAUAUAUUGACAAGUUGAAUGAAUUAAGAAGACAAAAAGAAAAAUUAGAAGAAAAAAUUAUGGAUCAGUAUAAAUUCUAUGAACCAUCUCCCCCUAGAAGAAGAGGCAACUGGAUUACUCUGAAAAUGAGGAAAUUGAUAAAAUCAAAGAAAGAUGUCAACCGAGAACGCCUCAAAUCUCUGACUCUGACACCAACCCGCUCAGAAUCUAGUGAAGGAUUUCUUCAGUUGCCACAUCAAGAUAGUCAAGAUAGUUCCUCUGUGGGCUCAAAUUCACUUGAAGAUGGCCAGACAGUGGGAACUAAAAAAAGUAGCAUGGUUGCACUGAAAAGACUGCCCUUUUUGAGGAACAGACCGAAGGAAAAAGACAAAAUGAAGGCCUUCUACCGUCGCUCCAUGUCAAUGAAUGACCUGAUGCAGUCCAUGGUCUUAGCAGGAGGACAAUGGAUAGGUAGUUCUGAGCAUCUGGAAGGUCCUGAUGAUAUAUCCACGGGUAAAAGGAGAAAAGAAUUGGGAUCUAUGGCCUUCUCUACUACAUCCAUCAACUUUACAACUGUCAACUCUGCUGCAGGCUUGAGAUCCAAGCAGUUGCUUAAUAAUAAAGAUACAACAUCUUUUGAAGAUGUAAGUCCACAAGGAAUUAGUGACGAUUCUAGUACAGGUUCAAGAAUUCAAGCUUCCAGACCAGCCAGUCUUGACAGUGGCAGAACAUCGACUAGCAAUAGCAAUAAUAAUGCAUCACUCCAUGAUGUCAAAGCAGGUGCAAGUAACAACCAAAGCAGGCCUCAAAGCCACAGUAGUGGAGAAUUUAGCCUACUUCAUGAGCAUGAAGCAUGGUCCAGCAGUAGCAGCAGCCCCAUACAAUAUUUGAAAAGUCACACUAAGUCUAGUCUCCUGCUUCAUCAUACAAUGUCAGAAAAAAUAGAUAAACAAGGAAUACGGAGAAUUAAAACUGAAUCCCCUGGAAGUGAAAUGGUUACUCUGCAGCAAUUUCUGGAAGAAAGCAAUAAAGUUACUUCAGCUGAGCUAAAGUCUUCAAGCAAAGAUAAUCUUUUGGAUGAAGUAAUGAAAUUUUUUUCGGAAAAUGCUGAAUUAACAGGAAGAGAAAAACUAAGCAAACAGACAUCAGGCAGUAGUGGUAUUGUCAGAUCGCAGAGUGUGAGAAACACAACAGAAUUAUUUGAUGGAAAGUUAGGUAAGCAAGAACCUCUUGCAAGGCUCAAUUUAAACAGAACAGAAGAUUCUAAAGAUUUGAACUUUUCAGAGACUUAUGCAGGCACUAAGGGAAAGAUCAGGUCUGUUAAAGAAAAUGUCCAGUCACAGCGACAAUCAAAAGACUGCAAUCCCUAUGCUACUUUACCUCGUGCAAGCAGUGUGAUUUCAACAGCAGAAGGAACUACUCGGAGGACCAGUAUCCAUGAUUUUUUAUCUAAGGACACUAGGCAGCCAAUAUUUGUUGAUCCAACUCCAACUACAGCUGAACAAAGUAUUAUAUCAUCUUCGAAUGUGGAAGCAAAACAAGAAAACAGACAUUCAAAAAGCAGUUGUAGGGGGCAAGAAAGCUUCUAAUUCAGUUGCCCCUACAACAUGAGAUGUGGGCCACGUGGUGAGUUUUUUGCCCAGGGUGUAAAUGAUAUCAUUUUCAUUUACCAAGAAAAGGAAGAAAUUAAUAUUAAUAAAUAAGAACACAUGCACACUACAUUAACAGUUGCCAGUAGUGCUUAGUGACUCGAUAUUUUGCCUACUGUUCAAGCCAAAUGAGAGUGGCACAUUUAAUUUUACCUGCCAGGCAAGGAAUAUUCACUUUUAAGUUUAUCUUCUUUUUCCUGUUAAAAAGUAAAGUGUUUAUCCAAAAUUCUAUUUUAUAUACAUACAGUACUUAAUCCUUAUCUGAACAUUGAUUUAUUGUUGUUUUCUGUAUUGCAUUGAUAUAAUCUUUUUGGAGCAGGGCUCAUGCUUAUUAUGUUCAACUAUUCUGAGUGAUGAUACUGUAUUUUGUCUAGGGUAAAUACUGGGGUACCCAUUAUAUUUCAGUGAGAUAGCAAUUUAUGAUCAGGGCAACUCAGAUUCUGUACCAAGAACAGCAGGAUUCUAUAGUUAGUAUUUUGUAAGCAGAUUGCCUCUUACUUGAAGUGUCUGCUAUUUUUAUUUUUUGCAUAAUAUCGAUCGUACUAUGUAGUGGAAGAUAGGAAUAUUUAGGACAUUCCUUAUUAUAGUUCCUAAAAACAUAUUUGCAGUAUGUUUCUGCUAUUCCAGGGACUAGAAACAUCUAGUAUUGCCAGUUAUCUCAUUUUUUGACAGAACUAUAGCAUGACCAACUCUGCAUAUGAUACAUGUAUAGGCAAAGAAAAUCAAACACCUUGGAUGCAAUCCUAUAUAAAGUCAGAUUCAGCAUGGUUCAAUUUCUAUAAUUUAACUCAAUACAAUAUUUGUACUUUAUUACAACCAGAUGAUAAUGCUAUAUAAUAUUUUCUAUAUAGGUUUCCCCCUUUUUUUCUUCUAGUUGCUGCUUAAACUGCUACUAUUGUAUCUUGCUAGUUCUUUUCAGCAAAUUUUUAGAUUUCUUCUAUAGCUAAGCUUUCCUUUCAUUUUCUCUUCUCUUUCUGCUUUUAAAUUGAACAGAGAGAAAAGUGUCCUUCAGUAUCUCAGUAUGAAGCCUUUAUUUCUGAAGUAACAAGGUAUUCGGCUAUAGGAGUCAUGGUUUUAAAAAAUUCAAAAAUUUUACAGUCCUUCAUGAAUAGAACAGUCAAGAAAUGCACAUCUCCUUUCCUUGAAUCAAGGAACUGUACCAGCAGCUGCUGAUUUUUUUAAAUACUAUAUUGCACAUUGCACUGUUAUGCUCUAAAAGAGAAUUUUCAUCCCUCCGAGGACCAAGGUUUGUGCAGUCUCAAGAACUACUUCAGGAACAUAAUUAGUGUGUUCUAGUUUCUUUAUGAACAUGGUCACCAGUUGCUUACUACUUCCACUCUACUAGCAUUUAGUUCUGUAAAUCUGAAUUAAAAAAAGACUGUUGUAAAUUGUGGAAAUAGUUGUAAAUACAGGUAGGAAAAAUACCUCCACAAGCAUCUUGUCACUUCAGUCUUAUUGGUGUGCAUGAUGUUACUCUUAGGAAAACAAAACUGCUGAUUAUUUUGAUGUAUAUGGCAAGAAGAAUAGGUACUUCAAAACACAAUUGAAUACUUAAUAGACCCUCAAAUUAAUUACUUUUCCAUAUACUUUGUGUCACAAAAAUAUAUUCAUUUUGAGGGGACAAAAAGAUGCUAAAAACUAUUUCUAAAGUUUUGUUGGAUGAAAUUGAUUUUAUUUUCAAUAAAACCAUCCAAAAUAAUUUUUCUCAUUUUAAGUAUUUAAUCUAUAUUUUUAAUUUGGUAUUUUGAGACAAAUGGCUUAAAAAGUGUUUAUAGGAAAAAUCCAUCAAACAUUUUUCAAGCUGUUUUAAUGACUUACUAUCAUAUUUCUUUCUUAUAAUGUGCAUUAAGGCUGAUUAAAAUAGUUGAUACUUAAUAUUUAUAAGUGAACAAUACAGGAAAUUAGAUUUGGUUAAACUUUGCAGAUGUACAAGGGUUUCUGGUUUCUAUUAAAUUUCAAAGUUUAUUUUCUUACAAGCCACUAAAUUAUUAAUAUUUCCAUAUGUAUCAUAUUUAACCUUAAAUGAUUUAUUUAAUCUUAAUAUAUGUGUAUCUUUAAUUUCAUUAUUUGUAUCUCAGCCAAAUUAGUCACAAGUAGAGUUGCAAUAUCUUGUUUAAAUCAGAUCCAUUGCCUAUACAUUGUAUAUAUUUUUAAAAAAUUAUAAUUAUACUCACCAGGAUUUUGCUGACAAUCAAUGUUAUUUCUAUUAGAUAAAAAUAAAUCCUGCCCUUUUCUGUGCCAAAUGAAAAGCAACCUACAGAGCAAUAUGGGUCAGCUAAGCAGAACAACUAGAUGUCCUGGUUUGGGAGCAAUACAAUGUAUAAUCUUCAAACAGCUGUGCCUGGGUAGAUUUAUUCCUGAUUAAUGUAACAAAUUAAGCCAUAAUCAAUUUCUAAUCAGGAUUUAACUGAAAAAAAUUAAAAUAUUUUGGUUCACACAACCCACAAAGGUAUAGAUUCUAUAUUUACACAUCCAGCCAGUAAUAGUAUUAAUGCAUUGGUGGUGCAUUACCUUAACAACUGGAAUAAUUCAAUAAAAUGGGUUCAUAUGUUGCACAAUUGCAGCCAUAAAAUUUAUGGUGUGUGAUAUAGGCUCUCCCCGAUUUUAAUGUGGGGAAAAAUUAUAGUAGUAGCCAGAGUAGAAUGAACUUGUGGCCACCUUUAUUUCUCAGAGAAUGAAAUAUGAAAAUGGAAAUAAAGGGCAGGAACCCUUUCAUACAGUUCAUACAAUUUCAACCUAUUGGAAAAAAGUAAUUUGAAUAAAUAAAUCCUAAAGUUUAAGCCUCCUAGAUAGCAUUGUCUAUUUAGGUAAGAAUGGCAUUACACUUGAUAUAGGUAGAUUGACAUGGUCAAGAGCCAAAUCACAUUACUAUUUGCAGUGGCUGUUUUACACUGGGCACAGCAAUGAGAUACUUUCUUUUUUAUUUAUUGAUGAAAUAUCUAUCCAGAGAUCUUCAAAUUGACUAUCAUUAUUAUUGUUUAUUAAAUUUAUACUCGGUCUUCUCAAGAAAGUUAAGACAGCUACCAUUUAAAAAAUACAAACUUAAAAGAAAUUCAUAUUAAUGCUAAAAUUAAUUAAUCAGAAAUGUAGUGGAACAGAUGCAUCUAAUAAGCAUUGAACAAUUUUCAAAAUUAGUUCCAUGAAAAUACCAAAGCAGUUGUACUAAAUCAGGUUAAAUCUAGGUUAGAUGAAUAAAAAGCUGUGUGGCACUGAAAAGAUUUUUAUGCAAGCCUCUUUAUAAACAACACAGAAAUGAAGGGCCUCUUCAGUUGUUCUAUGCCAUCUUGUGCAACCACUAUUACCUGCAGAUAUGGAAAUAUGGGAACCUGAAAACUCUCAACAUUAGGCGGAUUUAUGAUUCUAAUCUUGUACAUCUGAAUAUUUAUCAAAUAAACUACUGUUUUGUAUUAAUUACUUUCAAAAUGUUUGCAGUGUUGAGAAACACCUGUUUUUCAAGCACUUAUUUUUGAUUGUACCUAUUUUUCUUGAUUUUUCAGUUUUGUACAUGAUUCAUACAGUUUAUAUUUGGAUUUAGGUACAAACUUUUUCUACAUACAGUUUUACGUAGUACAAGCUUUUGGUAUAAUGAAGAUGACCAAGAGCAUAAUAUUAGUCACAUGAGGUUUGCCUAGGAAAAAUUAAUAAUAGAUUAUGCCUUUUUUAAUUAUCCAAUUUUGGCAGUAGGUUUGGUUUAGUAUUGCAAAGUUAUAUAUGUAUAUUUAGGCAUAAUCCACAGCUAAAAUGAAUUAUCAUCUUGUUUUAAUGAAACCUAACACUGAUAUUUCUGGACAGGGAGUUUGAGAUUUGUGAACUAUAUGUAAUUUGUCUCCAUAGCUCUCUUUAAAAAUGUAUUUUGUGAAAAGCCAGAUGAUUUUCUGCUGAUAACUUAAGACAAAUAAAUCUUGAUACAGGUAUUCUUCAGGAAAACCAAAGCCUUGUUUGUUUAUAGCUUUCCUUUCCAGACUACAUUUGAAUAUAACUGGCUUUCCUUAUCUCUCUAGAUUUCACAAAUUUUUAAUCUAAAGAAAUUAAAAUGUAUGCCAUAGUUCCUUGUCCCAAUUUUCAUUAAUGAUUCAUAAAAAUAUUUUUUAAAAAAUAUAAAUCUGUAGCAGUGUCAAUUAAUGUGUCACUUUAAAAUCAGUCACCUUUAGGACUAAAUGCAAGGGCUUUUUUCUUUAUACACACCAUUCAGCAGCUACAAAAUAAAAGUUGCAAAUUUGCUGUAAUACAAUGAAAAUAUUCCCACUCUGUUGCUGCUGAUUGCUAAAGCUACAAUCAUUCUUUCCAGAAUGCAUUAUUUCUUAAAAUUCUUGUAUUUUGAGAGAUGGCACAGCUCCAACAUGGGGCCAAUAUAAGUUCUUUGUAAACUCUAUAUUGUAUUGUGUAUAACUCAAACAUUGUUCAGAAUGGAACUGCCUUAAAAGAAAAAACAGCAUGUGGCUGUGACACAAACUAAACACUGUUAUACAGAAACUGUUAUUUAAAAUUGUAACUUCCUUUCUUAUACCUAAUAAGGAAUUUUGUAAUGUUUGCCAUUGUACACUACUUAUGUUAUUAAAAUUUGAAACAAAAUAGC